UCCACAGAAUGCCUUAUUUUACAAGACUCAUUUUGAUCUUGUUUUGCCUGAUGAUUCUUGUGGAAAGCAGAAAGCCCAGGAGGAGGAGAUGGACAGGGCAGCUGGAAAUGCCCAGGCCAAGUCACUUAUCCAAGAAGAACCUCGAUGUAACCAAAGUCCAGAAAGGAAAGCCUCAGCCGCUUCUGAGGGUGGAACAACACGACUUCACCAUGAGGCCCGCCUUCGGAGGCCCUGCCAUCCCUGUGGGCGUGGACGUGCAGGUGGAGAGCCUGGACAGUAUCUCCGAGGUGGACAUGGACUUCACCAUGACCCUGUACCUGCGGCAUUACUGGAAGGAUGAGAGGCUGGCCUUCCCCAGCACCAGCAACAAGAGCAUGACCUUCGAUGGCCGGCUGGUGAAGAAGAUCUGGGUCCCCGAUGUCUUCUUUGUUCACUCCAAAAGGUCAUUCACGCAUGACACCACCACCGACAACAUCAUGCUGAGGGUGUUCCCAGAUGGCCACGUGCUGUACAGCAUGAGGAUCACUGUCACCGCCAUGUGUAACAUGGACUUCAGCCACUUCCCCCUGGACUCCCAGACCUGUUCUUUGGAGCUGGAAAGCUAUGCAUAUACAGAUGAAGAUCUGAUGCUGUAUUGGAAGAAUGGAGAUGAAUCCCUGAAAACAGAUGAGAAGAUAUCCCUGUCUCAGUUUCUGAUUCAGAAGUUUCACACCACUUCCAGGCUGGCCUUCUACAGCAGCACCGGCUGGUACAACCGUCUGUACAUUAACUUCACGUUGCGUCGUCACAUCUUCUUCUUCUUGCUGCAAACCUAUUUCCCUGCUACCCUGAUGGUCAUGCUGUCCUGGGUGUCCUUCUGGAUUGACCGCAGAGCUGUGCCCGCCAGAGUUUCACUGGGGAUCACCACCGUGCUGACCAUGUCCACCAUCAUCACGGGCGUGAACGCCUCCAUGCCCCGUGUCUCCUACAUCAAGGCCGUGGACAUCUACCUCUGGGUCAGCUUCGUGUUCGUGUUCCUCUCAGUGCUGGAGUACGCGGCCGUCAACUACCUGACCACGGUGCAGGAGCGGAAGGAGCGGAAGCUGAGGGAGAAGUUCCCAUGCAUGUGUGCAAUGCUUCACUCAAGAACCAUGAUGCUGGAUGGAAGCUACAGUGAGUCUGAGGCCAACAGUCUGGCUGGGUACCCAAGAAGCCAUACUCUGACAGAAGAAGAAAGGCAAGAUAACAUAGUGGUCCACCUGGCCCUGCGAAGCGACUCCAACGCGUCCAGGAAGAAGGGGCUUCUGAAGGGCCAGGUGGGCCUUCGCAUCUUCCAGAACACCCAUGCCAUCGACAAGUACUCCAGGCCUCAAGGACAGAGACAAGAAGCACACAAAGAUACCCACAAGCAAGGCAGCAGUCCAAUUCUAAAACGAAACCCUGACCUCACCAAAUCACCAUUGACAAAAUCUGAGCAGCUCCUGAGGAUAGAUGACCAUGAUUUCAGCAUGAGGCCUGGCUUUGGAGGCCCAGCCAUUCCUGUUGGUGUGGAUGUGCAGGUGGAGAGCUUGGACAGCAUCUCAGAGGUUGACAUGGACUUUACGAUGACCCUCUACCUGAGGCACUACUGGAAGGAUGAGAGGCUGUCUUUCCCAAGCACCAACAACCUCAGCAUGACGUUUGACGGCCGGCUGGUGAAGAAGAUCUGGGUCCCUGACAUGUUUUUUGUGCACUCCAAGCGCUCCUUCAUCCACGAUACCACCACGGACAAUGUCAUGCUGCGGGUCCAACCCGACGGGAAAGUGCUCUACAGCCUCAGGGUUACAGUGACUGCAAUGUGCAACAUGGACUUCAGCAGGUUUCCCCUGGACACACAAACAUGCUCGCUCGAAAUUGAAAGCUAUGCCUAUACAGAAGAUGACCUCAUGCUGUACUGGAAGAAAGGCAACGAUUCCUUGAAGACAGAUGAGCGGAUCUCACUCUCUCAGUUCCUCAUUCAAGAAUUCCACACCACCGCUAAACUGGCCUUCUACAGCAGCACAGGCUGGUACAACCGUCUGUACAUUAACUUCACGUUGCGGCGCCACAUCUUCUUCUUCUUGCUGCAAACCUAUUUCCCCGCCACCCUGAUGGUCAUGCUGUCCUGGGUGUCCUUCUGGAUCGACCGCAGAGCUGUACCCGCCAGAGUUCCCCUAGGGAUCACCACCGUGCUGACCAUGUCCACCAUCAUCACGGGCGUGAACGCCUCCAUGCCCCGCGUCUCCUACAUCAAGGCCGUGGACAUCUACCUCUGGGUCAGCUUCGUGUUCGUGUUCCUCUCGGUGCUGGAGUACGCGGCCGUCAACUACCUGACCACCGUGCAGGAGCGGAAGGAGCGGAAGCUGAGAGAGAAGCUUCCCUGCACAUGUGGAUUACCUCAGCCCCGUGCUGUCAUGCUGGACGGCAGCUAUGGUGACGGCGACGGAGAGGUGAACGACCUGGGGAAUUUCCUGCCGGAGGGAGGUGAGAAGCCGGACAGGAUGAUGGUACAGCUCACCCUGGCCUCCGACAGAAGCUCCCCCCAGAGGAAAAGUCGGAGAAGCAGCUACGUGAGCAUGAGGAUUGACACCCACGCCAUUGAUAAAUACUCCAGGAUAAUUUUUCCAGCAGCAUACAUUUUAUUUAAUUUAAUAUACUGGUCUAUUUUCUCAUAGAGGCCAGUAAUUCUACACGUUUCACAUUCUUCAUGGUAUGUACUACAGAAUGCUUGUAUGAUGAAAAAUAAUUUAGAGUGACAGUUAAAAAAAAAAGUUCCCAAUACCCACCCAUGGUUUCACUAUCCCUACUCCAGCUCUCCAUAGCUACAUUGACAAUGUGCUCACUGGUUUAAUUUGCACUUAUUAACCAUCAGUUGUAUACACUGCAUUACAGUAGGUGCUGCAGGAUUGUGACACCCAUAGCAACUGAUGAUAGAUCCAGACGACCUGGAAAAGCCCACGACCACUGUUGUGAGCCCCUCAUAGGUAGUUCAAGCUCUUUUAGACAAUAGAUGCUUACCACGUGAAUGAUUUUUUAAAGUCUUUGGACUAGGUGGAAUCAGGGAGCACCUGCAGUUCACUUGCAUGGAACAUAAAUGUCCCUAAACCCCCACUCUGACAGAAAUUCAUGCUUCAGUUUAUAGCCUAUCACCUAUUUUUUU